CGACACGCCCACCCCGCGCUCUGGCCUCGUUCCCGUGCUGCGUUUGAAGACUGGUCCCGCCUGCUGCUGAGGACGGGCGUGUUUCCGCUCGUGGCCCGGGCACUGAAAGUAAAAGGAGGGACACCUGAACGCCUCGCGAGGCCCAAGGAGCAGAGAAGACGAGUCAAAGGCGGGCCUGACGCCCACUCAGACCUCCCGGAGGAAGGGGAGCAGGUCGCGACUCGCGCUGAAUUGUCCCAGAGGUGGCAGACUUUGAUCUGGGCCUUGAAGAGGAAGAAUUUGGGAAAAGCAAGCUAGGCAUUCCAGGAGAUUUUGGGGAAAUUAUGAGUUACUUCUGGUCAAGCAUUGAGAGGCAAAAUGACCGAAGUGGAAAAGGAUAAACCUGUUUUUCCUUCCCGGGAAUAUAUCAUUUGCCAGUGAGUUUGUGUUGCAAAGUUUUCUGCAGAAAUUCAAGAGAAUAUUUAUCGACUUGAUAAGCACAAGUACUGGAAAGGCAUUGUCAGAGUACUAACUGACAGAAAUCUUACAUGGGAUAGGAUUUAGUUCCCCCAUAACUUCUAAACCAAUGGAGAGAAAAUGGGAAGCAAAACUGAAGCAAAUUGAAGAACGGGCAUCUCAUUAUGAGAGGAAUCCCUUGUCUCCAGUAUACAGACCAAGAUUGUCCAAGUCAGAAGAACCACCCUCCAUUUGGAAACUAUUCCAUCGGCAAACUCACGCUUUUAAUUUUGUUAAAAGCUGUAAAGAGGAAGUUCAUGUAUUUGCUUUGGAAUACAAAGUGGGCGAUGGACAACGUAUUUACCUAGUGACAACCUAUGCUGAACUUUGGUUUUAUUAUAAAUCCCGAAAAAAUCUCUUACACUGCUAUGAAGUCAUUCCUGAAAAUGCUGUGUGCAAGCUUUAUUUUGAUUUGGAAUUUAACAAACUUGCCAAUCAGGAAGCUGAUGGGAAAAAGAUGGUUGCGUUACUCAUUGAGCAUGUUUGUAAAGCACUUCAAGAGCUAUACGGGGUUCAUUGUUCAGCCGAAGAUGUUUUCAACUUGGAUUCCAGCACUGAUGAAAAAUUUAGCCGCCAUCUAAUAUUUCAGCUCCAUGAUGUGGCCUUUAAAGAUAACAUUCAUGUUGGUAAUUUUGUGAGAAAAAUUUUGCAGCCUGCUUUUCACUUAAUUGCCAGUGAAGAUGACGAUAGUAUUUCAGAGACCACGGGCCACAGAUUUUCCCAUUUUCCUGAAACGCCAAUUAAACAAGGAAUUUCCUUUAGCGAAAUGUCCUCAGAUGAAGGUAGAGGAGAGAGCCGGACACGGAAUUCGAAGGAACAGGAGAGGCUGGAGUCAGCUGAGCAAAGCAGUCCUGACCUAUCAUUUUUAGUCGUGAAAAAUAACGUAGGAGAAAAGCAUCUUUUUGUAGACUUCGGAGUUUAUACAAGAAAUAGGAACUUUCGGCUGUAUAAAUCAUCAAAGAUAGGAAAACAGGUGGCUUUGGAGGUUGCUGAAGACAACAAAUUUUUUCCCAAACAGUCUAAGAAUAUUUCUGAAGAAAAUCAGUAUUUCCUCUCUUCUUUGGUCAGCAAUGUCAGAUUCUCAGAUACUUUACGAAUUCUGACAUGUGACACAUCUCAGAAUAAACAAAAACGAGUUGAAUGUUUUAACAGUACCAGGACUAAAGCAGAAAACAUUGAAGGUUAUAAUUGUUCACCCUACCCUGAAAUUGAUCAGUUCGUUCGCUCUUUGGUGGAUAAAAAUGGCAUUAAAGGAGGAAUUCGACGUUGGAGCUACUUUUUCCCAGAAGAAUUACUGGUUUAUGAUAUUUGUAAAUAUCGCUGGUGCGAAAACAUUGGAAGAGCCCACAAGAGCAAUAAUAUCAUGAUUUUGGUUGAUCUGAAAAAUGAAGUUUGGUAUCAGAAAUGUCAUGACCCUGUAUGUAAAGCAGAAAACUUCAAAUCGGCCUGUUUUCCAUUACCUGCUGAAGUGAGUCUCCUGUUUCUUCUGAAAGAGGAAGAAGAGUUCACGGCAGCUGAAACCAUGAACAGUGACACCCAGAAUCCUCAUGAGCCGCCAUCGGGUCUGUCGUCAAAAGAUGCCAUUUCCGAUGCCGCCUGGGACAGUGGCCUUGACGAGGCUGACUUUGUGGAAGCUGCUGAAGAUGCCGAACUGGCCGAAGCUGCAGAGUGCGGUCUGCUCGGUACUGCGGCGGAGACGCUGGUCCCCGAUGAACCGAUCACGCAGGUAUUACAAGAGUAGCUCAUUAGCCGCGGACUCUUACGUA